AUGCGUCCUUAUACCUGGUGCAGCAUCUUCGCGUCAAUAGGCGGGUUCCUCUUCGGUUUCGACACAGGAUCCAUCGGCCCCGUGACCGUGAUGUCCCAAUUCGAAGAUAAAUUCAAUUCCAUCUCCGCAAUCCUCCAAGGUCUUAUCGUCUCCACCAUUCUCCUCACGGCAUCGCUUUCCUCCAUCGCCGCCGGACCCCUUUCGGAUCGUAUCUCGCGCACUCGCACCUUCGCCCUUGGAGGUCUCGUCUUCGGCAUAGGCUCAAUACUAUCCAGUGCGGCAGAGAACCUUCCUAUGCUGCUGGUAGGCCGUUGUGUGACCGGACUAGGUGAAGGACUGUUUAUGUCGACAAUUACUGUGUAUGUUUUGGAAAUCGCGCCGGCGAGCUUGAGGGGACGAUUGUCGUGCUUGACGCAGCUAUUCGUGACCAUCGGGGUCGCAUCUGGUUACUUCGUUUGCUAUGGGAGCGUCAAGCUGGCGUCCUCUAUCUCUUGGCGCAUCCCUUUCAUUCUUCAAGUCAUUGUCUCCUUUGUAUUCUGCGCUGGUUCCCUCUUCCUUCCUCAUUCUCCUCGAUGGCUCCAACACGUCGGACGAGCUGAGGACGCCAAACAUGCAUGGGAGAAGCUCGGUUACACUGCAGCUGAGGCUGAAAAGGAGCAGGAAGUGGAGGAGAGAGAGAGGAAUGAGAUUGCCGUUGAGACGGAGCAGGCGCAGAGGGAGAGUGCAGUGGCUGCCGAGGAUAAUAAAAGAGAUAGAUUCAAGGGUACUGUGUGGGGCAAGGAUGUGAGAAAGAGGACCAUCUUGGGUAUCUUUUUGAUGGCUGCACAGCAGGCAUGCGGUAUUGAUGGCGUGCUUUAUUAUGCUCCUGUACUCUUCUCUCAAGCAGGUCUCUCGUCCACGACAUCUGCCUUCCUUGCUUCAGGGGUUUCCGGUCUUCUCAACAUAGCUUGCACCAUCAUCACCCAGAUCUUCACCGAUAAAUGGGGUCGUCGACCCUCAAUGAUUCGCGGUGGUCUCGUCAUUUCCGGCACUAUGUUGACUAUCGGCGCCCUCUAUGCGAGCGGCGCGUCGUCUACUCCUGGCGGGAGAUGGGCCAUCGUUGUUCUCAUUUAUGUCUUCAUCAUUGCCUUUGCGACAAGCUGGGCUGUGGUGAACAGGAUCUACUGCUCCGAAAUUCAACCGAUGCAUACGAGGGCAGCGGCGACGUCGCUUGGCCAAUGUGCUAACUGGGCGGUCAAUUGGGUCGUUGCUUUCACGACACCUUUCUUCCUCUCGCGCUCCUCCUCGGGACCGUACUUCCUCUUUGGCACCAGCUCCCUUCUCACCGUCAUCGUCUGCCUUCUCUUCCAACCCGAAUCUAAGGGCGUUUCUUUGGAGAGGCUUGACAAGAUCUUUGAAGUGAGCCCCUGGAAGAAAUUCCUCGCGAAUAGGGUGUCCAGGCUACAUUCACUCAGCCAAGGACGGCAUAGGGAUGGCGAAGGGUACGAUGAUGGGACUUCCGGAGGCGUGGAAGCUAUAGAGUUAAGGCCUAUAUCGGUGGCAGCGUAA